ACUCUGUUAGUGUUGUUGACGAGACGCUGAAAGCAGGUUCUCCCUUUCCAGCUGAUCGACCCAUUUGAUCAGCUCCUGGUGGAACAUCGUCAUGACCUGACGAAUUGUCCCUUUCCUAUUUAAUCAUGAAUGACAAGCUGGUUUUUCUGGGCCUCCUGUACUUUGUGCAGGGGAUCCCCUAUGGUCUCCAGUCCUUGUUGCUCCCUGUCUACCUCCGUGGGGCGGGCCACUCCCUCACCCACAUCGGCUUGACCAAAAUCCUCUACUUCCCCUGGGUGCUCAAGGUCCUCUGGGCACCCCUGGUGGACCGUGUGGGCACCAAGCGGCGCUGGCUGGUGGCCACGGUCUCUGGCCUGGCGCUUACUUGUCUCUCCAGUGCCGCUCUGGCCCCGGAGGCCCACAUCUGGGGAGUGGUGGGGACUCUGCUGGCCAUGAACGCCCUGGCAUCAAUUCAGGACAUCACAGUGGACGGGGCCGCUGUGGGACUGCUGAAGGGCCGUAGCGAGCUGGGCCUGGGCAAUGUGGCUCAGGUGGUGGGGUACAAGGCCGGCUCGGUGUUCGCCGGGGGCGGGCUCCUGGCUGUGAUUGACGUGGCCGGGUGGGGCCCUAUGUUUAUGCUGUUGGCCUUUGUGUACUUCGGGGUGGCACUGUUUGUGUUGGGGGCCCCUGUGCUGGACAAUGAGCUGUUGAAGGGCCAGGCAGAGGGGAGGAAGGGGGUCCAGUCGGACGCUGUGCAUCCCUGGAGGGUGUGGCGGAAGCUGCUGUCAGUACCUGGGACGCCCUGGACCAUGAUCUACGUUCUCACAUACAAACUGGGUGAGCAGGGUGCGGUGACCAUGUUCCCUCUCUUCCUUUUGGACCAUCACAUGACAGCCCGGGAGCUGGGGUUCUGGAACGGCAUGAUCGCCAUGUGCUUCUCAAUCUGUGGCUCCUCCCUCGGUGGCCUGCUGCUCUCCCAGUUCAGUAUUGGCUCUCUGAUGAGGCGUGUGUUUGUGAUGCGGACUGUCAGUAUGGUGUUCCAGAGCUCCCUCCUGACCGUGCUGGAACCUUCCCCGCUCAUGAAAGGUAUGGCCGUGUUGAGUUUGAGCAUUCAGCACUUCCUGGGAGGCCUCAUCACAACGCUCACUUUCACAACCAUGAUGCACUGCACACAGAGAGCGGAGGAGAGUGUACAGGCCACCCACUACAGUUUCCUGUCCACUCUGGAGGUACUGGGGAAGCUGAUGUUCGGUGCCCUGGCAGGGGGCCUGGUGGACUGGGUGGGUUUCCCCACUGCCUUCCUCCUUUUCCUGGUCCUCUCUGCCGGAACAGCCCUCCACAUCUGGAAGGCCACAGACACAGGGGCCCUCAGGGAACAGCCCAAGUGAUCAGCUUUUUGUUCUAGCCCUUACUAACACAUCAGAUCAAGCUACUCAAAGGGUCGAUAAUCAGUUGACUCGUUGAACAAGCUGUGUGAGUGUAGGGUUGGAACAAAAACCUCCACACCCUAUAGGUGUCCAGGACUAGGGAUGGUGAUCACUGAGAUUGAGGUGGAGGAGGAAGUAGUGUGUUGCAUGAGUGCGAAGGAAAUUCUGUCGUACGUCGGCGUCCUAGAAAAACUCUGUAUCUCACUUUUUUUAAACAUAAAUUGAAAGUUUCACAGAACAUUCCACUCCAUGUUCUGUGAAAGAUUAAUGAAUCUAGUACUAAUAUAAGUAAUUCAAAGCCAUGUGAAUUCCCAUUAAUAUAUGGCAACAACAACAUUGUUUCGGAUUCCUGAAAAGUAAACUUUUUUAUACAAGAUUUUUCCAGGACACUGAUUAGUAACUAUAUUGAGUUGGGGGAUUGGAUCAGUAGCAUAAGGGAAGACAAUACAUGGGAGCGCUGUUAAGGGGUUGUUGGAGGACAUACAGUACCAUCUGAGCCAUUUUCAUAUUUGCGAAGGCUGCAGUAAAAUGUAGUCCAGCAGUUAUACUUAGUCAUUGAUUAGCCUGCGAUGAAGGUUAUAUAUGUCAUAUCAGUUUCCUUUUUGAACUUGUUCUGUGGUGACGUUUAUGAAUGAAUCCCAACUACCUCUUAUCAACACUGUAAGAUACGCAGAAGAGUCUAGUGAGCAGUAGAAUACAACAUUUGCUAGCUAGUGUGCAAUUUUGAUUAGAGGUAGCUAGCUUGAACCAUUACUCUGCUAGCCUAGGUUAGUUGUUAGCGCAAUUAGAGAACCAGGUCAGAGUUUAUUUAUAUAUAGUCCGGAUUUUCCAUCUGUAGAGUCAUACUAUCAACAAACUAUCUGUUGAUAAGCAACUGCUUGCUAUGGUUACUGUUAGGUUUAGGGUUAAGGUUAGGGUACGGUCUAAGCUUAGGGUUAUGAUUAAGUUUAGGGUUACAGCUAGGGUUAGUAGAUAGUUAGUUGAAAUGUUACUGAUGGUCUAUAUCUACAGAUGGACUAUCCAAAUAAAGUAUUACCGAGAACAAUACUGUAGCCUUACAUUUUGUAUGGUGAUUAGUUUUACAAGAUUGGCAAAAUAAAUAUGAAAAAAUGAUAUUUAUAUGUAAUUUUACAUAGAUGCUGGUUGUUUUACUACCUGCUGAUAUUGCUUGUUUGAGUUGUUAAAUAAUGUGUAAAGUUCUUAAGAAUAACACACACCUUAUCUAAUCACAGCAGUUGAAGCUAUUUAGAUUGUGUUGCAGUUCAUUUGACUGGUCAGAGGUGUCUACUGGCAAAAGGACUGAAAUAUUCAACCAAUGCCUCACACUGAUUGAAUACCAUCUGUCUUUUGUUUACCGUAUCACACAUUGUGAUGGCUGAAUUACAAUAUAACAGAUAGUCAUAGGGAUGACAAUCACCAGAGCAGCCAUGCUAUGAACUGUCAUGAUCAGCAAGGUCACUUUGACCAAUACAGCCAAGUCCACGCUAAUGUAAAGCACCUGUUGCAAAGCACACCCCUGCCUCUGACACAUGCUGAGAGAUUGUCACAAAAUAAAGCUGCUACCCAAAUGUCA